AUGCCAUACGUACUGGAUCACGACAUCCCCGGCCUCAACUUUUGUAACAUCACCGUCAAGAUCACUCGCCCCGAUCUGCGCGAUCUGACAACUAUCGCUGUCUGGCUGCCCUCUAGGAAGGAUUGGAAUGGACGCUUCAUGGCUACAGGAGGUGGUGGUUGGGCAUCGGGUGCUUUCGAUCCUCUUCUUGGACAAGCAAUCGAGCAGGGCUUUGCUGGAGCCUCGACAGAUGGUGGUCAUGCCAAUGCUGGGCCCAACUCGGAUAUGGACCCAACCCCCUGGGCGCUUAAGGAAGACGGCUCAAUCAAUUGGCAGCUAUUGCACAGCUUCGCGGGCAGAUCGGUUCACGAUAUGGGCAUCGUUGGAAAGGCUGUGACUGAAGCACACUAUGGAGUCAAGCCACACCAUUCUUACUUCAGCGGCUGCUCCAACGGAGGCAGACAAGGAUUAAUCAUCGCGCAGCAAUACCCUGAGGAUUUUGAUGGCAUCCUGGCAGCUGCACCUGCUUUGAACUUCCCCGAGCUCCAAAUGGCCUGCCUGUGGCCGCAGGUUGUCAUGAAAGAGGCAGGCAUCUUCCCGUCGCCCUGUGAACUUGAUUACUUUGCCGAGCUUGCCUUGGAGCAGUGCGACGGGCUUGACGGUCUUGUCGACGGAGUGAUCCAGAACAUCGAUGACUGCGCGUUCGACCCGUUCCAAGCCGUCGGCCGAACGAUUCAGUGCAACGACGAAUCGAUUAUUAUUAGCAAUAGUACUGCGGCACUUGUAGCCAAGAUGAUUACGGGGCCUACGUCGCCUCAAGGCUACCCUCUGUCGGCUGGGAUCCCGCCCAGCUGUCAACUCUCCUCUCUCGCUGGCACCAAGGUCUCGCCUGUUACCGGCAAGCGUGUCGGUAAGCCCUUUUUCGUCUCGGAUACCUGGGUUAAGGCAUUCCUUCGACGGGACCUGAGCUACGAUGUCACUCAGAUUGGCGUUGAAGAGUAUGCAUGGCUCUUCACUCAGUCCCUGCUACAAUACGACUGGCUUCUCGGAUCAAACAACCCCGACCUCUCUGGCCUUCGAAAGGCUGGUACAAAGCUUCUGUCUUGGCACGGCAUGCUGGAUGAGUUGAUUCCUUACAAGAGCAUUAUCCAGUAUCGCCAACGAGUCGAGGAGAUGGCUGGAGGUGCUAGCGCUGCCGACGAAUACUUCCGCCUCUUCUUGGCCCCUGGUGUGAAGCACUGUGCGUUUGGCAACGGGCCGGUGCCAGUCAAACCAAUUAACGCUCUAAUCGCUUGGGUUGAGCAAGGCAUUCCUGCACAGACGCUUACCGCAGAGACCAAAUCGAAGGGUACCCUUAUCAGAAGGAAUUUGUGUUUGUACCCUAAGCAGCUACACUAUGUCAAGGGUGAUCCUGCGAGCCCUGAGAGCUGGACUUGCAUAGAUAAGAAAGAUGGCAAAUCGGAAAAACUACAAGCGGAUAAUGGAUUCGGGAGUAGUAUCCAGAAGAUCCUAGGCAAGAUUUGA